AUGUAUACAAGUCAUGAAGACAUUGGGUAUGAUUUUGAAGAUGACCCCAAAGAUAAGAAGACACUUAAACCCCACCCAAACAUUGAUGGCGGAUGGGCUUGGAUGAUGGUCCUUUCCUCUUUCUUUGUGCACAUCCUCAUCAUGGGCUCCCAGAUGGCCCUGGGAGUCCUCAAUGUGGAGUGGCUUGAAGAAUUCCAUCAGAGCCGUGGCCUGACGGCAUGGGUCAGCUCCCUCAGCAUGGGCGUCACCUUGAUUGUGGGACCUUUCAUUGGCUUGUUCAUUAACACCUGUGGGUGCCGCCAGACCGCGAUCAUCGGAGGGCUGCUGAACUCGCUGGGCUGGGUGUUGAGUGCCUACGCUGCAAACGUGCACUAUCUCUUCAUUACCUUCGGAGUGGCAGCCGGCUUUGGCAGCGGGAUGGCCUACUUGCCGGCCGUGGUCAUGGUGGGCAGGUACUUCCAGAAGAGGCGCGCGCUCGCCCAGGGCCUCAGCACCACCGGGACCGGGUUUGGCACAUUCCUCAUGACGGUUUUGCUCAAGUACCUGUGCGCAGAGUACGGAUGGCGGAAUGCCAUGUUCAUCCAAGGCGCGGUGUCCCUGAACCUGUGUGUUUGCGGGGCGCUCAUGAGGCCCCUCUCUCCUGGGACGGAUGGAGACGACCCAGAGGGGAAAGAGCCACACGUCCUCCCGGCUCAAUCCACCGACUCUGUUCGGUCCAGUGGACAGCUGGGCGGAGCGGAAGAUAAGGGGGGCGGCCCCGGCACCGAGGACUCCCUCGGGGACGUGCCAGCCCAGGCGUGCCACGAGAAGGCUGCACACAGAAAGGACAUGUGCGCCUUUCGGGUUCUGAAGACCGUGAGCCGGCUGACCAUGAGGGUCAGGAAGGGCUUCCGGGAUUGGUACUUGGGCUAUUUUGGGACAGCCUCACUCUUUACUAAUCGGAUGUUCGUUGCCUUUAUUUUCUGGGCUCUGUUUGCAUACAGCAGCUUUGUCAUCCCUUUCAUUCACCUCCCAGAAAUAGUCAAUUUGUAUAAUUUAUCAGAGCAAAACGAUGUUUUCCCUCUGACUUCGAUCAUAGCAAUAGUUCAUAUCUUCGGAAAAGUGAUCCUCGGCGUUGUGGCCGACUUACCUUGCAUCAGCGUUUGGAAUGUCUUCCUGAUGACCAACUUCACCCUAGUCCUCAGCAUUUUUAUUCUGCCCUUGAUGCACACGUACGCUGGCCUGGCAGUCAUCUGUGCACUGAUAGGGUUUUCCAGCGGUUAUUUCUCCCUGAUGCCGGUGGUGACUGAAGACUUGGUGGGGAUUGAGCACUUAGCCAACGCAUACGGCAUCAUCAUCUGUGCUAACGGCAUCUCUGCGUUGCUGGGACCACCUUUUGCAGGGUGGAUCUACGACAUCACACAAAAAUAUGAUUUUUCCUUCUAUAUAUGUGGUUUACUCUACAUGGUAGGAAUACUCCUUUUACUCAUUCAACCGUGUACUCAAAUUAUAGAACAAUCCAGAAAAAAAUACAUAGAUGGUGCAAAUGUGUAG